AUGUUUGUAUAUCCGAUAGACAUCGAUUACGAUCUAAGCCCGUAUUAUAAUAAUAAUCGUCGUCGUCGUUACUACAAUCCUCAACCUUGCGCAUAUUCGUAUCCAAGCUCUCAACCGUUCUUAAGUUUCCAAAAUCCUCCAAGUAGACAUUAUCCUAAUCCAUACCAUCUCCACGAAUCUUAUUAUGAUCCAGAGAAUAUAUUAAAUUUGGUCUCUGGUCUUAACCAUAACCAAAAUCAUAAUGAAAGACAUCAUAAUGAAAGAUUUAAUAAUGGAAGACAUCAGAAUGAAAGACAUAACAAUGGAAGAUAUCACAACGAAAGACAGAGUGAAGAGAAAGACUACGAGAAGGAAAAGAGAAAAAAUGGAUUUAGAAGAGUAAAAAUUUUCGGCCCUGAGGAUGAACCAAUUAAGAAUAACCAUAAGAAUAAUAAUGCCCUCACUAAACAACAAGCUGCAAAAAAAAUAUAUAACUUUCUAAAAUAUCAACCUUCAACGCGUAGAGCUCGAAAAACCCUUGGAAGACUCUUACACCUUCGUAAUAUACAAAAUCAACUAAUUUCCUUGAGUUCUCAAAUUUCAAAUUUCGAGACGCUUACUUUUACGAGUAAAGAUGCCAAAAAACAAAUAUUACCAAUUUCGAAAAGUAAUAAAAUGUUUCUUACACAAGAAGACGCUAUAUUGAGAAUUCUGGAUCAACUAGAUAAAGUACAAAGUGAAGGAAAUGAGAUCGUUCGGGAAAGAAGAAAAGAAAUUGUUAAAAUUGCUCAAAAAAUAUUGGAAGAAUUGGAUGCUGAAAAGGAGAGGCAGUGGAAAUUAUUUUGUGAUAGUACAGAAAAUAGUGAAAAUAUUGAAAAAAUGGAUGAUGAAAAGGAGGAUAUAGCUACUGAAAACAUCGAAGGUGAUAAAAAGGAUAUAGUUAUUGAAGAAGUUACCGACAAAGAUAUUAUUGAAAAAAUGGAAGACGAUAAAGAGGAGGACGUAGUUAACGAAGAAGUUAACGACGAAAUUAUUAAUACUUCAAAUGAGGCAUCAGAGAUAGAAGGAAUUAAACCAUAUACAAUUUCAUCACCAGACGAAACGAAUGUUGAAAAUAAAGUUGAAAACGUGAAAAACAUCAAUACAGGCGACGAUGAAAAAGAUUUUGAUUUUAUUGACGACAUCACAUCUGAUUCUAAUUCAUCUAUAAAUCUUAACGAUGAAGAAACAGUGAAUGUUCGCGAGCCGUUAAUUGUUGCCGAAAAUACAGAAGAAAGCAAUGAAGCUGCCUUAACUGAAAUUAAAGAAAAAUCUCAAAGUGAUGAACAGACUAUUCUAUCACCUAUGGAGGACGUGGAAGAUAUAAAUAAAGAGAACGAUGAUGCAUUUGUGAUUGUUAAUAAUUCUUCAAAUUAG